AUGGGAAGUGGAUACUGGGCUCGCAUCGAAGACAAGUAUCUGGAACCCGCUGGCGGCACAUUGAACAUGGAUUCUGGACUCAGCCUGGACCUGACGUCAAACUCGCAGAAGGGCCGAAGAAGACAGACAUGCAGCGACAAGUUCAACGAUCUCAUGCUCAACAUAAGAUGCACAUUCGAACGGCUGAAUGAUCUGUGGGACGAAGUGGAUAUGCCCGACGACAUGCGCAUGGCGCGCUCGUCCACAGCCUUCAACCACACCAACGAACUAUUUGAGGAGAUUAUCGAAUCCGAACAAGCAAUGGUUGUCGGCGUGAAACAAGGGAUCGACGAUGGGCAGGCAGAGAUAGAAAAACUGCGCGCAAAGCUGGAAAUGGAUGACUGGACGCCGCCCUCACACACAGAUCGCCGUGGCAUACCAAUGCUCCAAGCCAUCCGAGCGGAAGUGCAAACGCUCAAAGAAGCUGUCGAGGAGCGCGUUCUGGAGCAAGAAGCCACCGUUGAGCGUGUCAAGCUUCUCUGCAGUCGGCUGGGCGAGGAAUCGGAAUUACUCGAUUCUGCCGAGGACGUGCUGUCAAAGGCCGACUUCGACUCCUUGAAGGAAAAAUCCGCGGAAAUGGAGCACCUCGUCGAAGAACGGCUGUCGCUUCUUCGCCAAGCACAACGUGAUGCCCGGGAUGCGGUCAAGAAACUGGGCCGCAAAAAACGCGACUGCCCAGCGACGAUUCAAGAUUUACUCGCACUCGACCUCGACAACGGCGAUCUCGUGCUGGGCAGAAUGUUGGUGGACCGGACGACGGAGGCCGCGGAGCAGUUGGUGGUGGAGUCGAAGGAGCACAUUGGGACCCUGGAAUUCCUCUACGCCGAAAAGCGAAUCGCGCUACGUGAUCUCUGGGAGAAGUGCCAUGUACCGAUAUCGGACUGGACUAUGCCCGAAGAAUUCUCACCUGAUCAUCACGAUGCCUCCACGCUCGCAAUCAUGGAUGAAAGAAUAGCCCAUCUCACGGAACUCUACGACCGCCAAAAAACGGUGCUCGACAAGUUGACGGCCUGGACAGAGCUUUGGGAUGAGAAGUUAGCGCACGAAGAAUGGGAAAAGGAUCCGGCUCGGUUCAAUAACCGCGGAGGUCAACUCGAGAAGCGGCUAAAGAGAGCGAAAGCCGUUGAGAAGCAGUUGCUGCCCCAUGCGCAGCGGGAAGUCGCCCUCGCCUACGCCAUCUACCGAGACGAGAACCCAGAGGACGAAUUGAAGUUUGACGACCUCGACCCGGUGGAAUGGCUGAAGCGCAAAGUCCGAAUUCGCGCUGAAAACAAGGAAUUCGAGGCCCAGAUGAAAGGAACACCAUCAAGGGCCGGAAUGACGCCAGCGAUGUCCCUCCGCAAUUUGCACAUGCCCAUCGACAUCAGCUGCAUCGGACCUUGCCGGGUUGUCUCGCCAGGCCCGAAGACUUCAUCGCCAAAAGCCGCCUACAAACGGCCAGCUCCAUCCGACUGUUCAUCUCCGUGCCCAUCCCCCGCGAAACGUGCCACCCCGCUCCGUCAGCGCAAUUGGAAGCCA